UUUCAGAAGACUGGCCCAUCUAUCAGCUCUGGAUUGAUGAAAAAGCUGGAACCAGUUCUUCAAAUGAAGAAACGAGUAAUCCACUGCCAUACUAUUCCUACAGCAGUUCAGCCACUCAAUGAAUGUAAGGGGGAUAAAUGUAAACACCAAGACGCAUAUUGUUUUUCAUCGUCUUCAACAGAGGAUGUCGAAAUAAAGAAGACAAAAGACGAAUUGAAGAAAGAAAAACAAGUUUGCAAAACCAGAGCGAAGAAUCUGAAGGUUGGUAUAGCUAUUAAUUUAAACCUUGGCUAAUUGGGAACUCAAAGUUAAGCUUAUAACUUAAGCUUACGGUAACAUUUUGUUAUUAAAAGUUCAAGCCUCUAAUAAAUCCCGAAAGCAUAUUGUUUUUUUUUCUAUUAAUUCUUGAAUGAUCAAAAGUCAAAUGAAAAAAAAGUUUCAACACCACCACCAACUAAUUCUGUUGUCAGCAAACCACUCUUGCUUUUUAAUCCCCGAAUCUUGUACCAUAUUUGUAAGGUGCCACAUACAUGAAAAAUAGAAGUUUGAAUUUUGUUUUCACUACAGUGCUGUCGUAAAGUCUGAGAACUUACGAGUUUUUGACUUUUCAAAUGUAACGAGUCUCCGCCGGAUAAAGUUAGCCCAAGAAUGCAUUGUAUUUGCUGCUAAUUUCUAAAUGAACAAGGGUCGUGACCUCCUUUUCACAAGUCAAUUCUGCCUGACCAAAUAGCUAGCAAACCGACUUACUGACUGACUCACUGAUUGAUGUCCUGACUGCCUGGCUGACUGACUGACGGACUGAUGCAGGGACGGACAGAUGUCUGCCUACCUGCCCGACUGAAUGACUGACAAACCAAUGGACUUUCUGUCUGCCUGGCUGACUGACUGACUGAAAGACUGAUUGAAUGCCUGUCUGUCUGCCUGCCCUGCUGACUGACUGGCGGAUGGACAGACUGACUGACUGACUGCCUACCUGCCAGACUGAAUGAAUGACAGGCUGAUUUAUGAUGGACUGACUAACUAACUGACUGACUGUCACUUAUAACAGACUGACUGUCUGACUGUCAGACUGACUGACUGAGGAAUUCACAAUCUGACACUACUAUGCAUAGAAAUAAAAGGAUAAUAUGAAUGCAACUUCUAUUUCAACAGAGAUAUGCAAAAAAGGAAGUGCUGGAGGUUAUCAGGAAUACUAGAGAAAGCAUCCAGUUUCUCAGAAGUCAGCUUUAUACAACUGAAAAC